AUGGCAGCCCAUACGCCAAGGAAAUCGCCCAUCAAGUUUCAUGACCUUGACCAGAAGGAUGUUUACGACAAGGCUAUGGGUGAGACGGAUAGUGAGAAGGCCCGUAACUUUGUUGUUGAGUUCAGCCAUCAGCAAGCCACCAUAGCCUUCGACCUGAGCGCAGAUGAUUUUGGCAUUCUUCUGGGUCACGAACCACCCGACGGCGUCAUACGGUGGAUCAACGUUUGGUCACCAAGUACACAGCGUCCAGCUGUUGAGUGCAUUGGCACUCAUUAUAGCUUUUCACCGCGACUUCGGGCUCUCAUGACGUCUGCUACGAAGGCAUCUGUGGCAGAAACCACGACUUCGGUCCAGCGUGUUAACCACGCGGAUGUUGAAGCUGGAUCCGUAUCAACGGAGGCUAAGAGUGCUUCGCCAAAUGACGCCCGGACACAGAUGUCGGAAGACACUGAAAUCUAUCACCUAGUCAAGGAAACAAUGAACUAUACCUCCAUAGAUCAUGGAAAGCAAUUCCUUUGCAUUGGUGCAAACUGGCUACACCGUCGACCAAUCAACCCUAGGCAUGCGGAAGACAAGGCAGGGUUGCUUCCGCCAAAACAUUGGUCAUGGCUCACGCUUUGUUCGAACUCCGUUGUCUUGUCAUUGCAUGAGACACCGCCAUAUGUCUACCCAGGAGAUGCGAAACUGGCAGGUGAAGAGUUAAGAGGCAUGCGGUCCAACACCAUGGCGGUGCUUCGCCAACUGUCCAAACACGGUGUCGACGACUACAGCAACAACGUCAUCACACUUAAAUCAGUCAGGCAAGCGUUGCCUACUGCAGGGCCCGGGUGCAAUGCCGCACGAGAAGGCUCAAGUAACCUGUAUUGUACACCCUUCCAACGAUUGAACAUCUUCAUUCCUUUGGACUGUGCUGAAGAAUUGAAAUAUAGGUUCUUCUACCUGUUCGAGGACUAUUCAGGGGCGAGAGAGAAAAUUCUUGCAAGCAAUUAG